AUUGCGCCUAUUGAAAGAAAGAGGGAGAAACUAUGAUUUUAGAAAAGGAUCAUUAAAGAUACUACAAUUCUCCUCCCUUUUUCUCCUUUCCGAUGAUUUAUACAGUAGUUAGUUUUACAAUCGGAUCAUGUAUUCUUAGGUUUGUGGAUUUAACGAAGACUCAAGGCUACCAACAAAUUCAGUGUGCUUCUUAAUCGUGAAAGAUUUUUUCUAAGGAAGAAAAAGGAUCAUAGUAAGGUCUGACAUAAGUACGCGUGCUUCACAAUAAAAAACGGUGGAAGUUAGACAACUAGUCGAGAAAAGCAUAAUUUACUUGUCAUUAAUGAUAUUAUUGAAGAAUCAGUAUAUUUAUACAAAGGCGUUACGAAAUAAAAUCAAGUUGCAAUUUCUAACCCGGUUUCUGUACGAUAGUUCAAAUACGAACUGAAAAUUAAGAGAAAAUUUGAAAUAUUUUGCUGUUUCAUUCUUUUGCUUUGCGUAUUUUCAACACAGUAGAGUUUACGUUUGAAUCAAUUUUGUAUUUGACACGACAAAAGAUUGAUUAUAAAUAUUACGUUCUAAUAAUGCGUCAAAGCGUAAAAUGAAAAUCUAAGCGGCAGUUUAAAUGAUAACUCAAAUGUGGUAUCUUGUCAAUUUCUCGUGUGAAAAGACAAAGUUCGUAGUUGUCAAACUAUUAAAUAGCAGCAACAGAAAAAUGCAUAAUAUACAUUAAUAUUAUCAUAUUAUAAAUUGUUUUGCUCAGUGAACUAUAUUGUUGUGUAUAUGUACUUCAAUGUUCCUUGAGUCCUUGAAUAGUGUCUUUAGACAGAUGUAUCAAGAAAUAGCUAGUCCGAAUAAUCAUGGAUGUUGACUGCACGGUAGUUGGUUUAAAACGAUCUAGUAGUGCACCCAUGAUCAAUAAGAUCACUGCAACAAUGUCUGUAACAUCACCUUCUGCUUCUACACCAAGGGAUGUUCCAUCAACUUUUAACAUAUUUUCAAAUUUACCUCGGACACGACGCUUCAGCACUAGUAGUUCUGGAACUGUUCCCAGGCUAACUCCACGGAUAAGUCAGUUGAGACAAGAAGAAUGUAUUGAUGUUGCUGGUCGUGAAGCAGCACAUGAAAAAGAAAUACACAGUGCCAUACAAAUCUCUCAGUCAUGGGAAGAUCUUACAAUAGAAGCAGAAGGACUAUCCUUUAAAGAUUCUGAAUCAGCUUCAUUACAGUUUAAAAUAGAGUCACGACCAAUUCCAAAACGAGUCCUAGAUCCAUUAAGUAUAAACUUAUCUGUAAGUGGUUCAACUCUGUAUUCCUCGCCAUCGCCUACGAGAACUGGUUUUGGUCAGAGACGGUGUUAUUCACCCAGUGUUCAUGCAGUCACUUGGAAAAAUAAUUUAUCACCUAGUCCCACCAGAAAAGCUUUUGCUACAAGGCGAAGUUUAAGUCCUAUUGCAAUACGGCCGAGUUGUUUAGCUUCGGUUAAGAGAAAAUUCGAAUUAGACGAUUCUGGAAUGGAUCAUCAGUUACAACCUCCAGUAAAACGUACAUCCGGUUUGUUAACUUCUGCUACAUCUAGGUUGGAUGUGGCAAUAUCUAGUCUACAUCCAGGAACUGUUAGUUCAGUUGGAACUCCAGAAUCUUGUUCCAGUUUUGAUUCUUCUGGUUUUUCUUUUCGACCUGUACACAGUCCAUCCUCUGGUCCAGGUAUUAUUUCUAUCGUUAACGACGAUCCUUCUUCCUCUUCAUCUUCUUCUUCGUCUUCCUCAUCUUCUAUCACCUUUUCUUCCUCUACCUCUACUUCCUCCUCUUCUAUCACCUCUUCUUCUAUCGCUUCUUCCUUGGAAGGAUCAAAUGUACAGGUUCAAAACUUCGAAGAAAUACAAAAUAAACAAAUUAUACGAAAAAACCACAAAUAAAUGGAAGCAUAUUAACAAGUUCUUCAGGAGUAAUAUGUAUCAUUACAAUAAUGAACUUAUUCUUGUGAACAGUAAAAAAUGAUCGUUAUAGUGACCAAUUGUAUGUACUGAAUUUAUCCAUGGCUAUUUUUUUUCAUAUUUAAUAUUUACCUGCAUUCUGGUCAUUUCUAGUUACUAAUUUACGUAUCGAGAAAAUUAUCCAUAUAACAGUUACAUCAUACAUGAUGCUUUCAGUUUUAUUAAGAUGCUUAUAAAUAUCAAUUAUUAAAUGAAAACAAGAUACGUGUACAAAAAUAUAUAUAAAUAUAAUAUAAAGCAGUUCUAAGACCAAAGCGAAUUAUUUAGGAAAUUAUAUGUGCUUCCUACUUUUAAGACUGAAUUCCGCGUUUUAUAUUACAUCGAAUUCAAAGAUUCUUUACAUGGAAAGGGGUAUGAAUACAUGACGUUACCUAUUUUAAUUCAAUAUUAAAAAUGUGUCAUUAUUAGUACAAUCCUUUUUCUUAUUAAAUCACCUUACCAAUUUGUCCUUGGGGAAUUCUUGAUCUUUCAGAAUAAAUUAAUAAAUAUCUAUAUGAUGUAUUUGAAUCGAUAACUUUU